CACGGGCAGCCCCGGGCCGCCACGCCAUGUCCGCCAGCUGGUUCCGGCGCCGCCUCCUGCCUGGGGGUCCGCUCUCCGCGCCGCGGCCCCCGGGGCCCCGCGCCAGUCCAGUGCCCUACCGGCGGCCUCGCUUCCUGCGCGGCUCGACGUCGAGCGUGGGUGCGGCCGAUGCCUCGCGCCGCCGGGACGUCCGGCCUGUGCGCAGCCCCGCGCGGGGUCGUGUGCUACCCUGGAACGCGGGCUACGCCGAGAUCAUCAACGCAGGGAAAUCUGAGUUUAAUGAGGAUCAGGCUGCCUGUGGGCAGCUGAGCAUCCGGCGAUCUGAUUUUGGAGCUGUAGAGGACCAGGAGUGGCUGACCCUUUGUCCAGAAGAGUUCCUGACAGGUCAUUACUGGGCCCUGUUUGAUGGGCAUGGCGGUCCUGCAGCAGCCAUCAUAGCUGCCAACACCCUGCACUCCUGCUUACGCCAGCAGCUGGAAGCUGUAGUGGAGGGCGUGGUGGCCACUCAGCCCCCCAUGAACCUCAGUGGCCACUGCGUCUGCCUCAGUGACCCCCAGUUUGUGGAGGAAAAGGGCAUCCGACCACAAGACAUAGUGAUUGGGGCUCUGGAGAGCGCCUUCCAGGAAUGUGAUGAGGUGAUUGGGCGGGAGCUGGAAGCCUCAGGCCAGGUGGGCGGCUGCACAGCCUUAGUGGCUGUGUCUCUGCAAGGAAAGCUAUAUAUGGCCAAUGCAGGGGAUAGCAGGGCCAUCUUGGUCCGGAGAGAUGAGGUUCGGCCAAUGAGCUCUGAGUUCACCCCUGAAACUGAGCGGCAGAGGAUCCAGCAGCUGGCUUUUGUUUACCCUGAACUCCUGGCUAGUGAGUUUACCCGACUGGAGUUCCCUCGGCGCCUGAAGGGAGAUGAUUUGGGGCAGAAGGUUUUGUUCCGGGAUUACUACAUGAGCGGCUGGAGUUACAAGCAUGUGGAGAAGUCGGAUCUCAAGUACCCACUUAUCCACGGGCAGGGUAGGCAGGCUCGGUUACUGGGAACACUGGCUGUUUCCCGGGGCCUGGGAGACCAUCAGCUCAGAGUCCUGGACACAAACAUCCAGCUCAAGCCGUUCUUACUCUGUGUCCCACAGGUGACAGUGCUGGAUGUGGACCAGCUCCAGUUAGAGGAAGAGGAUGUCAUUGUCAUGGCAACUGACGGACUUUGGGACGUCCUAUCCAAUGAGCAAGUGGCACGACUGGUACGAAGCUUCCUCCUUCGGAACCGAGAGGACCCUCACAGGUUCUCGGAGCUGGCCCAAAUGCUGAUCCACAGUACACAAGGGACUGAAGACGACCCUAAAGGAGAAGGUCUGGUGUCCUACGAUGAUGUCUCUGUAUUCGUAAUUCCCUUGCACAACUGGAGCCAAGGAAGCAGUGGUCACUGA